AUGGCGCCGUCGCUGUGGAAGGGGCUGGUAGGCAUCGGCCUCUUUGCUCUAGCCCACGCCGCCUUUUCCGCUGCUCAGCAUCGUUCCUAUAUGCGAUUGACAGAAAAGGAAGAGGAGUCACUGCCAACAGAUAUAGUGCUUCAGACACUUCUGGCCUUUGCAGUUACCUGUUAUGGUACAGUUCAUAUUGCAGGGGAGUUUAAAAACAUGGACGCUACUUCCGAACUAAAGACUAAGACAUUUGAUACGUUAAGGAAUCACCCAUCCUUUUACGUCUUUAACCAUCGCGGUCGAGUACUGUUCCGGCCUUCAGCUACAAGAAAUUCUGCAAAUCAAGAUGCGUUGUCCUCUAACACAUCGGUGAAGUUCCGAAAACUUGAGUCGCUGCGCCGUUAA